AUGGAGGUCGGCAGGUCGCUGGGGAGAUCGAGGCGACCUGGACUUAGACCAAACUCCAGCGAUGCAAGCAAGGACAAGGCAGCGAAUCUUGUUGUUUUGUUGCACAAGGCGGAGGACGACUUUGGCCAGGUCCAGUGUGUGGUUUGGGCAUGCCCGCGAUCAUGCAACAAAGUGGCUGAUAGCCUUGCUGCUCAUGGGGCGAGCGUUGUACGCUCUGGUUCGGAGAUGUACGUGAACCAAGUCCCCGACUAUGUAACCAAUUUGGUCUUUGGGAUCUCCCUAGAGCCACUGGUGGUAUGUGUCUUGGUAAGCCAGUGUCAGGUCUCCUUAGUCAAUGGCCUUAUUGACAGCUUGGAGAAAGCUGUCCAAACUGAUGCUGGGUGUUUUCUCUUGUUGAAUAAUCCAACAAAACAAAAGGAGACCCGCGCAAGAGUGCGUCAACCCCUGGCGUCCUCCACCUCGGCUGCCCUCGCCGGAGGAGGAGAGACGAUAGAGCAGGACACCGGAGAUCCGCCAUGGCCGCCGCCGCUGCUACCGCCGACCCUCCUGGUUACUACGCUGGGCGUGUGCAACCGAGACCAAGCGAUGGCACUGGAAACAACAACAACAACAACAACAACGCUGAUACUGCAGAUCAGCAGAACCGAGAACCGAGCUUCUUUGCCAAAUGGUUCGGGUGCUUCUCCGGCAGCAGCUGAAAUUCGAACUAGAUCCAGGACAUAUCCCUCUUCUCGCAGUUCAGUGAAGGACAUUUCUGGCUCAGCACGCGUCGCACUGCCUCGCUCCCGCAUCGGCGCUUGGGUGGCGCCCGAAUCCCUAGCCGCCGUCACAUCUUCCCUACGCUGCCUUCCGCCUCGCCGUGUUCCCGCACCGGCGUCUUGGGUGGCGCCCAAACCCCUAGCCGCCGCCACCUCUUUCCUUCUCUCCACUCUACCUCGCCAUGUUGGUGGAGUGCAUCUGGACUGUGGGGGAGGCGGCGUGCUGCACAGCGACGCCGCGGGUGCUCGCAUGCUGAGCAACAGCCCGGAGGCGGCGACGCGAAUCAACGGUACGGCCGAGCAACUUCUUCUUUUCCUUUCUCCUUCACUCAUGUUCCCUUGGUUCGACAUGGAGGGCGAGGUCCUCCGCGUGGAUCUUGGCGCCAGCUGUCAGAUCCGCGAUGGGCUCCACCAGAUCCAUGCCUGGAGAUCAAAAUCGGUGGGAACCACGUCCUCCGUGGCGUGCCGUCGCCGGCCAGCAGCACACUUGUUCAGAGAUCGCGGCCAGCCGGUCAUGCAGGGACAUGCCUAUUAUGCCUUUGAUUAA